GUCCGUCACUGCACAAUCAUGAAGCUAGUCGCAUUGUUAUUCGCGCUGUUCACGUGCGAAUGCUGCAGAGACAUAAAUCCAAGAAGAGCGAUUAUUUACAGCAGAGUGAAGAAAGAUGCGCAAUCCAUGGAAUCGGUUAUUUUGAGAAGACGGUUGACCAACGUCGACGAGUGCAGAGAUUUGGCUGAGAGCAAAUAUGCGCUGGCUUUUAAUUUCGCGAGACUACCGUCGAACAACAGCGACGAAAUAACCAAUUGCGUUCUCCUACACUGUCCAGAGACAAGCGGGUUCCGUCAGCUACUCAACGUCACGGGAAUCGAUUACUACAGCGCUUACUCGCGUCGCGCUUACAGCGGCAACCACACCUUGACAUGCGUUCGCAGUGUCGGCCUCUUUGCGAUCAACUUUCAGAAGCAAAAUUUCAGCAACGCGCGCAACGAGUGCCAGAAGAACAAAAGCUUCCUGGCUGACGUCGUCGGCGACGAGAGAACCACAGGACUCGGUAACCUCAUCGGUCAAUUCACAGUUUACGUCGGAUUGAGCAAUGAAGGCCAACGACGCAUCUGGAAAAAUGAAUUCGGUGAAGCACUGGCGUGCCAAGAUUACCGAGCUUGGGGUAUGGGGGAACCGUCGCACUCGCGCGGUUGCGUGGCUCUGUUUCGAUUGCAUCCAAAAGCUGAUCCUGUAUGGAAAGUUGUUUCUUGUGCAAUCGAGUUACCGUACAUUUGCGAGAUUCCCAGAUUGACCGAUACAAUGUAUCUCAAUAGAACUUUAAGUUGAUCUUACCAAAGUAACUGUAGAACGCAUAGUAU